AUCCUCUUUGGAUUCAAAUUCAAUUGAUUGCAGAAAUGAGAACAGAAUCGCGAGUGCUUUUAUAUUACCUACAGUAAAUAUUCUGGAUACUUGUGAAAGUAGUCCUUGACAUACAGAAAUAUAUUCAUCAUUAUUAUAAUACAAUUAAUACUAAGUGAGCCCAAUAAUUUCCAUGUUACAUUGGUAUUCGUGCUGAGCAAAAUAUAUCGUUCUGUGAGAUAAAGCUAUCAUCUGAUUUGUGUCACUUUGUGACAUUUGAAAUUUUCCUCAAGAAGCAUCGGUUAAUUUCGGGAAUCGAGUAUCGACUAUUCACGCGAUAAACAAAUGCUUGAAAGGUCACUGUAAGUCCCUUGGGGGGUUUCAAAGAUGGUUGAUUACUAUAGAACACUUGGUGUGACAAGGACUGCAACAGAUGUAGAGAUUAAAAAAGCUUACAGGAAACUAGCAUUAAAAUGGCAUCCUGAUAAAAAUCCCGAUAAUGCUGAUGAAUCAAACAGGAGGUUCAAAGAAAUUUCUGAGGCUUAUGAAGUACUUUCAGACGAAAGCAAGCGGAAACUGUAUGAUGCACGUGGAUCCAGUCAUCACAGUCACAGAUAUCAAAACAAGAAUGGAGUUAAUGGCCAUCGUCACUUUAGCUUCAAGGGUUUCUUUGGAGAAACACCAUUUCAUCGCUAUUUUGAGAGAAAACGCCGAGUAUAUGACCAGUAUGGAAAGGAAGGUCUGAAUAACAGUAGAGGACGGCGCUCGGCUGCAGACGAGGAUUACGACUUUGGCUAUCAAAGUUUCCCUUUCACAUUCCGCGACCCAGAGGAAGUGUUUAGAGAAUUCUUUGGAGGAUCUCCUUUUAGUGCAUUAUUUAAUUUUGGAGAUGAGAAUGGGCAUAGCCACAACCGACAUGGACGCCGGAGUCAUCCAAGUACAUCACUCACCUCCUCGCUGUUCAGUCCGUUUGGGUUUGGAAUGCAAGGCUUAGACGACAUAUUUGCUCACGCGACCUCCAAUGGGAAUAAUUUCACAUCAUUCUCAACAUUUAACAGCUCACUGGCAGGGCCGGGCAGCGCGAAUAUGAGGAGCACCACAACCACAACUCGGAUUGUAAAUGGAAAGAAGAUUACCACCAAAAAAGUAUCGGAGAAUGGUCGAGAGACCGUAAUGUCGUACGAAAAUGGAGUACUGAAAUCGAAGACAGUCAACGGAAUACCUCAGUCGCUCACCUACAGUUAAAUAUAAACUUUGACAUAUGACCAAACAUAAUCCAAAUGACAACUCACUCAAUAGACGCGUAACAAGUUCCAGUUUAGUUGAGUUUUGCUUAUUAAUUUAAUUUAGUUCUCGAUUUCUGUAAAUUUACACGGUGAUUAUUAGUACUUUAAUGAUAUAAUGUAUCUUAUUAAACUAUCUUUAAUUACUUUAGUUAUUUUUGGACAAUUUCUCGUCAAAUUUUAUCAUUAAAAUGAAAACUUGCACUUAUUUGCUCAUGUCGGCGUUGUAAGUCGCUGUUUGAUCUCUUUUCAAAUGCGUCGUAGGUGCGUUGGGAUCUAAUAAAAAAAAAUCAAAAUUAGAUAGAUGUUGAAAUGGCUCAAUGCAUGCGAUCGAGUGGUAAUUUUUUAAAUAAACAUUUUUACAUCGCUUUGUAGCGUUUUUUCUUAGAAUAGAUUUCAGUAUUUUCUUGCUUUAUUCAAUGAAAAAUUCGCUUUUUAUAUAAAAAUGAUAAAUUAACAAACUCGUGGUGAAUUCAAACACCAAAAGAAAGUGAUGUGUACUUAUUGACAUGUUUGAAAACUAUUAAAAUAAAAUUAUUACUUAACAUACUAUUAUUCUUUCAAGAGUAAAAUUUUCAAAAUAUACACAUGGGCCAGCUUAGCGGAACUCUAAGAAAAAAGCAAUUGUAUCAGAUUGUUUGAAACGUGCAGUCAUUGAUAGAUUCACAGAUGACGAAUAUAAUCUUGUAAAAACAGAGAUAGCUGUAGAUCGCAGCGUUCUGUUAAUACGUCUUAUUUUACGUGUAUUAAUAUUUUGGUUAUUAUUAGGAUGAUUUGAGUGAAUUUAUCUGAAAGCUGUUAAAACAAGCUAUAAGACUAUGCAAAAUAAACCAUCUUAUCUAAACAAAAUAAGGGUACUUGGUGAGGGAAUAGCGUGCUGUAUAGCACUUUCGAUUUUCGUGUAUCUAAAAAAUCUUGUACUCUGGGGCACUUGCCGAUUUCGAGAGUAAGCAACUGUUCGCUUUCAUACUUAGCCGGAUUAUACUUCGUCGCCAAUCGCCAUUCUGUAAUGACUACUAUUUAAAACUUAUGUCAUAUCACUGCACGUUUCUUACUAAAUUUAAAUUUUUCUUAGACAGUCCCGUCUCUGUAGCUCCUCUAAGCGUAAUCUAAUCUGCUUAUUUGAUGAAAUAAUUUUUGAUGUAACAAAAGACAUCUGUCAAAAUAACCAUCUGACAAGAGAUUAAAUUAUAACCUCAAAAUUAAUUAUUUACAUAAAACUAUAAUUAUUUCUUUGAUUCUUUGUGUGGUUUUUCAAAUUAGAAAACCAUGUACAAUAAGAUGUAUUUAAGAUUAAUAAUUUAGUUAUUCUCAUGGAUUUGUACUUUUUAUGUUUUACUAUUGUGUCCUACUAUUUUCUUUUGGUCAUACUAUUUCUAUAAAUUGAUAAUUUUGAUCUGUAAAAUGGUGAUGUAUCAGUUGCUAAAUAAAAUUAUAUAAUUUUGCCAAUUUCAGAGUUUUUUAAAGGAAAUCAUAGAUAGUUAAAUAAUAAAAUUUUAUAUCUAGUCUUUGUACGGUACUACAUUUCUAACCACGUUAUACUUCGUGAAUAUCUAAGAAAAAAUUUAAGGUAACACAUUCUUUCAACAUUAAAUAUAGAUGCGAUAAUUUUAUAUUUAUUUGAUUGGCAGAGAGCCGAAAAAUGUCGGAGGAAUAAAAUUUUACAUUUAUAAACAUUUUUAACCUAAACUAGAAUAAACUUUUGCAAACUCACUGCCCUCGGAUUGUAAUAUUCAACUUUAAGUAGGUUAUAGUUUUUUUUUUAUUUAAAUGGCUACGUCUACUUUAUGUCGACGAUUCAGCCCACGUCAAAGUCGGGAGAUUUAUUAUUUUUAUUUAGCUGAUUGAAGUACAGAAAGAAAUGUUAGAGGUUCCCGAUGUUUAACUGUUAGCAAAAUAAUAAGAUAGUGAGUAUAAUCCCCGCGGAUUGGAACCUGGACCGAAUAAUGUCAUUUUAACGUCACCCUUACAUCAGCCAGCAGUCAUAGAAUUGAUUAAUGAAGUUACUUCAUGGACCUGACGUUUAAAAUGGCGCCUUCUCUUUAUUUCGUUCGGGCGCAUUGCUAAGCUCCGCCGCGGCACAAAGACUAGGCUGAGAUCUAUAGAGGGUACUUAGACUUUACUUAAAACUUGCUGAGUGGGAUAAACGCAGACUUGGCCUUUGCAUUGGGCUGUCAUAGCUUAAACUAAGUAUAAUUUCAGCUUCCAAAUUACUAUAAAUACGAAAUCAAAGAUCAUGCUAAUUAUUAAAAAUAAGGCGAUUGAUUUAUUCAUUUCACCCUCAGCGUUUUUUUUUAUUUAGUGGCACGGGAUACGAGUCCAUAGGCCAAAACUUAAUACCGCUCUCAGCGUGCUCCACCAGCAAGACCCUUUUUUAGAGUUUUGUACGCUCAAUGACACCGGCUACGAAAUCUGAGACGGGUGUAUACAUUUAAAUAUGUAGAACCAACAGAGAUUUCCUUCAUAGUAAUAAUGAUAAAGUAUGUAGGUCCAUGAGAAGACUAAAGAUAUCUAAAUAAAACAAAAAGUACCUUGAAUGUUAGCUGAAACUCAUGAAAUUGUGUAAAUAGGUUGUUCUAAAACAGCCACUUUGAAAGAUUAUAUUUUGGUAAGUAGGAUCUAUAAAUUUAGUUAUAAAUUGUAUCACAAUUAUUGCUUCGCUUUAUUUAGUACCUAUUUGCGUUCUAGUGAAAUAAUUAUAGUAAUAACAUAUAAUAUUAAUGAUGACAUUAGCAGCAUAAGAUAUCUACCGAAAUUCGUUUAUGGUCAUCAGCGGUGGAUUUUUUUUUUAUAAAUUGAUGUGAAUAUGUAGUUUACUCACUGACCCAUACUAUUUACCACUAGACUGGCGGCUGUCAAAGUGCUUUUGUGCCUGUUUUGAUAUUCGCCAUUUUGGCACUGUUGGUCAUGUAGCGAGAGUCUGCGGUACUAAAACUAGUGAUGACAACCUCAGCUAAACAAACAACGAUAGAACAAUUGUUUACAAAAAAAAAUGUGUACUUUAUUACGUUCAUUCCUGAAGUAUAAAUAACACGGAAAACGACCGAAAUUAAUUCGACAUGCAAAAAUAUUUCAGAGUAUUGUACGCUUCACUGACAGCCAUUUGUAUUAUACGUCAAAAUUAGUCCUCUGGACGCCUGCAAGUGGUGCUUCAAAUAGGUACAAAAAAAUUUCUGUCAAACAGAUGGAACAACCUGUCCAGUGGUAUUUAUAUGGUUGAGUGAGCUUACUGUUUCGCUUAUUUUUUCCCAGUCACGAAGUCCAACUGACAUUGAAUGACAUGACUAUAAUAUGUAUUUUUAGGUUUUGUAUAUCUGUGGCUCACUUGAUAUAUCGCGCACAAUACCCUGUGAUGUCAAAUCGUCGGCGUGCUAGGGAUAGACGUUACGUUGUAGUAUACUAAUUUCAAUUUUUUUUAUAAACCAUAUUCCGUCGUCCCCAGUGCGCCGGUAAUUUAUUGCAUCACAACCUUUGUGAAGCAAUGCCAAAUGUUUGUAUAAAAAUUAGUUCACAACUAUUAGAAAUUUAUUUAUACACAUAAUUAGUUUGCUAACGAACACUGUAACAGGUGCGGUAUUGUGUGACAGAUUCCGCAUUGACAUUUGACAGUUGUCAUUUUAUUACAAUAUUGACUCUGUCUACCUAUGUUUUAGUCAUUAUUAUUAUAAUACCACAGCCAACCCUUAUUUAAAUGACCAUGUACAAGCAAAUUCAUAUUAUAUUAUGCCUACAGCAGAAUGUAAACGACGAUGUAAAAAUAUCAAUUAACACAAUUAGUUUGUAUUAAAGGAAUAAAUUGCAGUUUAUUUUUAAUAUUACGUACGAACCGUUCCGUUACCGGAAUAAUUUUAAUAUUUACUUAAUACAAAUCAUUAACAAAAAGUUUGUAAUGUAUCUCCGACAAACAUUAACAGCAAUUUAUUCCAUUUUUUUUUUUUUUUUUGCAUUCGUAACUAUUGGUGUGGUACGUAGGUACUUUUCCACUCUUGUACAAUAGAUUUUAUACCGUUUCACUGUAUAAGGGCUGUCUUAUUGAAAAUUUGAAUUCACUUUUAAAUUUAAAUAAACUACCUAAUUAAA